UUCACCCGCGCUGCUUGUGUGUGCUCGCUUUCCAUUCGAAAAAAAACAUCAACUCAAAAUAUGGAUAUUUGAUAGGCAGAAGUAAUUACCAAUUUGUUUGGGAAAUAUUCAACGGUAUUUGGAUGUUUUAGUGACUCGAUGACAGGUUCACCGCACGUUUUUCAUUCGAUUCAAAACUGUUGUUGAUGUUUUAGCGAAGCACACCUAAAAAAUACAAAACCACUCACAUACACGCGAAACAUACACACGGUUGUGAUUUGGCGCGCUCUUGUGUGCGUGUGUACAUACAACAAAAAGCAAAAGGCAACGAAUUUUGGUGUGUAAGAAACAUAAAUCGGCAAGCGAGGAAAUCGGAAAGCCAAAAAUUCAAAAAACCAAAACAGUGCACGUUAAAGUUUACCCUAAACGAGUAAAAACAAAAACACCUUUUUGAUUUCCAAGAUUUUCAUCUGCGCGGGUGUGUGUGUGUAACAGCAACAAAUACCAAUACCAGCGCACGACCAAGAAAGAAGAAGGGAAGCAGCGCGAACCAGAAGAAGAAAGAUGAUGUAAACUUUGUUGUAACCGAAGGAAAAAAGAAUAACAUAAAACACGAGUAAAGCAGAGAACAGAGAAAAACCAGAAAAGUAGUAGUAGUGCUUCGAAUUCUUCAAGUCUCUGAGUAAUUUUUUGGAGCUUUUAAAAUGCCAGAGACGGAGCACGAAACUUGCAGCAAGGAGUGGCUGCAGUCGCAGCUGCGAUCCCUGGACUCCAAGGAACUGAUCCUGCUGGACUGCCGCGGCUCCCACGAGUACAGUGAGUCCCACAUCCGCGGAGCCGUCAACCUCUGCAUCCCCAGCAUCGUUCUCCGGCGCCUGGCACUGGGCAAAAUCGAUCUGGCCUCCACGAUCAAGUCGCCCGAGCUGAAGCAGCGCAUUCAGUCGGGCUACAAGCUCUGCUGGUUCAUCCUGUACAACGGCGAGGGCGUGUCCGGCCAGAAUCAGGAAAUCGCCGGAGCCGGAUCCCUAUCCAUCGCCAUGGACUCCAUCAUCAGCAUUUUGCACCGCCGCCUCAAGCAGGACGGCUGCCGAGUGGUUGCCCUACAAGAUGGCUUCAACAAUUUUCGCCAGGCAUUUCCUGAAUGGUGCGAGGACGAUAAUCAGGCGCACAACAAAGAGAUAGAAUCUAGUCGCAAUGUUCAGACCGAUCAGUUAAUGGGUCUUAGGUCCCUACGCAUUUCCACAACGCUAUCCGAUUCCGCGUGCAGCAGUUCGGCGGAAUCGUCGGAUUGCGAGAGCUCCAGCCACCAUCACCACCACCAAAGUCACCACAAUUACAACGAGGCGCCCGUGGAGAUAAUUCCCGGACUUCUCUUCCUGGGAAAUGCCACCCACAGCUGCGACUCAGAAGCAUUGAAAAAGUACAAUAUAAAGUAUGUUUUGAAUGUAACACCAGAUUUGCCAAAUAAGUUCAAGGAGUCGGGCGACAUCAAGUAUCUGCAGAUUCCCAUCACGGAUCAUUACUCACAAGAUUUGGCCAUACAUUUCCCGGAUGCCAUACAGUUUAUAGAGGAAGCGCGGUCCGCAAGCUCGGUGGUGCUGGUCCACUGCCUGGCCGGAGUUUCGCGCUCGGUGACCGUGACGCUCGCCUACUUGAUGCACACCCGGGGCCUGAGUCUCAACGACGCCUUCGCGAUGGUGCGGGACCGGAAGCCGGAUGUGUCGCCCAACUUCCACUUCAUGCAGCAGCUGCUGUCCUUCGAGGGACAACUGCGCCUGAGACCUGGCUCCAGGUUCUCGUGCAGCUGCAUUGCGCCGGAUUGCAAUUGCAUGCAAACCACGGGCUAUAUGGCCGCCCAUUUGGCGAAUACCACCGGGGUCUCGCCAGACUCCGGCAUCGAGUUCGACCGCUGGACCCCGUCCGACACGGGUCUUAAAUGAGAACAGCUUGGCGGUAAAAGUUUUGUGCUGCCACCAAGUCAGGAGAUCCCAGUUGCAGCCGCCGCCACAUCGCCGCCGCCCAUGUGCCUGGCGGUAAACCCGGACAAUAUGUCUCCGGCAAGCACCACCAGCUCGUCCACAUCGACCACGACCACUGCGGAGGCGGUCUCCGUGGUGGAGAUGGUGCAGCAUCGCGAUCACGAAAUGGUCGAAGAGGACAUCAUAACCAGGGGAGAGGACGAUGAGGAUGCCUGAAUUGCGAAGCUUUUCCUAACUUGGUUCUCGCGCAAAUCACCCGUAUAAUCACAUACAUAUGAGCCGCUAAUUAAAUAGGGGUACGAAUUCAAACUUUAAUAAAUGUACAAAGUCUUGGAGAAAUACCCAACGUACACAUAUUGAUUAAUACCAUAUAAAUAACUUAAUAUUUAGUACAUUUUUAAGUAAAGUGCAGACAAAAUCCAACGUUAUCCACAUGCAAACUACACCUACAUUUACGAAAAGAAUGAAAACUAAAAUAUAUAAAAUAUAUUUAUAUAUACGCAGUGUACAUGUUUGUAUCUAACUUCUAAGCCAAGUCAAGAGAAUAAAUAUAUUGAAGCCGAAGCGAAAAUAAACAAUUAA